GGGCCGCAGGGCAGUCGCAAGCAUCGGUGGGGACAGCGGCCACGGAAAAGAAAGACGUCGAGGCCAGAGCCAGACAGGCGAAGGGGGGCGCAGAGGAGAGGAGCAGAGACGUGAGACGACCGUGUGGCUCCAGGACAGGGCCAGGAAGCGAACACCGCCUAGAGGAAGGGUGCUGCAGGGAGACUUAGGAACCCUGUUGCCUUUCUCCUGUGCGCUGUAGGCCUCGGGAGAUCGCGUUUCACACAGAUGCAUCUGGGUCUCGCACAGCUGUAGACCUUGUUAGGGACAGAUACUAAAAGAAGACUUAUUUUACAGUAAGACAUGCUUCCAUCCUUGAGCCCUGUUGGUGAUGGAACUGAAAGUCAGAAACAUAUUGGAGAAAUGAAAUGAUUUUCCUCCCCCUUGCUCGUAAGGAUACAGGUGAAACAGUCAGAUGCCCGCGGUUUGUAGAGCACUGUGUACCAGUUAUAAUUAGAAGCAUGGUUUCCAAGUCCUCCUCCAAGGAGUGUGCGCUUUCAGGAAGUGUGCGCACUGCCCGCAGGCUACAGCGGUGUGUCUCGCCAGCUUGCACCACAGAGUAAAGUGCAGUGUGGCCCAUCUGUCCUGUGCGCGAGCUUGAGCUGCUGCGGGUGUGGUCGGAGAAUGGCAUUGCCCUUUCGCUCGCAAAGUUUACGAGUUCUGGAGUUCCUGUUGCUUCAGACGAUGGAUGAGCAGUCACAAGGGAUGCAAGGGCCACCUGUUCCUCAGUUCCAGCCGCAGAAGGCCUUACGACCGGAUAUGGGCUAUAAUACAUUAGCCAACUUUCGAAUAGAAAAGAAAAUUGGUCGCGGGCAAUUUAGUGAAGUUUAUAGAGCAGCCUGUCUCUUGGAUGGAGUACCAGUAGCUUUAAAAAAAGUGCAGAUAAAAGUACAAGCUGAACACACAGGAUGGACUAGAGAGAAGACAGCUGCUGAUUUGCCUCAGAUAUUUGAUUUAAUGGACGCCAAAGCACGUGCUGAUUGUAUCAAAGAAAUAGAUCUCCUUAAGCAACUCAACCAUCCAAAUGUAAUUAAAUAUUAUGCAUCGUUCAUUGAAGAUAAUGAGCUAAACAUAGUUUUGGAAUUAGCAGAUGCUGGUGAUCUGUCCAGGAUGAUAAAGCAUUUUAAGAAACAGAAGAGGCUCAUUCCUGAAAGGACCGUUUGGAAGUACUUCGUGCAGCUGUGUAGUGCACUGGAGCACAUGCACUCCCGACGCGUGAUGCACCGGGAUAUAAAACCAGCCAAUGUGUUCAUCACGGCCACGGGCGUGGUCAAACUUGGAGACCUUGGGCUUGGCCGGUUUUUUAGCUCCAAAACCACAGCUGCACAUUCUUUAGUGGGUACACCUUAUUACAUGUCUCCAGAGAGAAUACAUGAAAAUGGGUACAACUUCAAAUCUGACAUCUGGUCCCUGGGCUGUCUACUGUAUGAGAUGGCUGCGUUACAGAGUCCUUUCUAUGGCGACAAAAUGAACUUGUACUCGCUGUGUAAGAAGAUAGAGCAGUGUGACUACCCACCUCUUCCUUCAGAUCACUAUUCAGAGGAACUACGGCAGCUGGUGAACAUGUGCAUCAACCCGGACCCAGAGAAGCGACCAGACAUCACCUACGUGUAUGACGUGGCCAAGAGGAUGCAUGCCUGCACCGCCAGCAGCUGAGCGCAGACAGCGUGGAGGGCAUAACCAAUACAAGUAGAGGUAAGGAGCUUUCCUCUGCUGCUGUCUGCAGAACUGCUCCUGGCCCCCGCACCCCGUCUGUGCUUCAGAGCAGCACUGUGACAAGAUUGGCACAUGAGGCACAUCGACUUUUCUGAAGUUAUUCUGAUAUAAGGAAACAAAACGAUUUAUAGGAAUACAGUAUUUCAUGAGCAAUAUAUCCUAAAUUAAGAGCCCACAAUCUGGGACUUCCCUGGCGGUCCAGUGGUUAGGACUCUGAGCUUCCACUGCAGGGGGCCUGGGUCUGAUUCCCAAUCCCUGGUCAGGGAACUAAGAUCCUGCAAGCCGCGUAGAGCAGCCGUAAAAAGAAAGAACCCACAAUCUUUCAAAAGUGGGAUUCCUAAGCAUAGGCACCCCAGCGCAGGCAAAGGGCCUGGGACUCUCCCUACCAGAAACGUAAGCACCAUCACACCCAGCCAGCAGGGCAUCAAAUUAAACUUGAUUUUUUUAAAUCCAAAUAUUGCCUGGAAGGGGAAGCCUAGACUUCCUGUCUCCCCUCUGCCACCGAGGUCGAAACCACGAUCAUCCAACACCCCAAGUCUCCCCACUGCUGCACCUGCCCCAUGGUUUUCCAUGCAUCAGUCAGCAUGAACUAUUCAUCAUAGAAAUCACAUCAUUUCACUUUCUCUGCUCAAAAUCCUUCCAUAUCUUCUCAUCGCCAAUUGAAUAAAAUCCAAACUCUAUCAAGGCCUGAAAAGGCAUCUGAAUCUCUAUCCCAUUCGCUGUGCUGCAGCUGCACUGAGGUUCUUUUCUGUUUCCAGAAUGCACCUGCCCAAGCCACCUCAGGGAUCUCACCUUCUGAGGUAACCUCUUCCCUUUCAGACUUUGCCACAGUCAAUUUCUCCCUAUCGUUUAGGUGUCAGCUCAAGGUGUCUUUCAAGAAGCCUUCACAGACCACCCUAUAGUACGUCACCGCACACCCUCACACUGGCAUCCAGACCUCACUAACCACCACUCCCAUUUUACUGUCUUUUACUUCUUUAAAGCAUAUAUCACAUUCUGGGAUUAUCUUACAAUCUGCCCUGCUCUUUGUGACUCAAGCAUGUACAUGCCAUCAGUAAGUACCUUAGCCUGGGUGUGCCCCAGUCCCAGCCCAGGAGCCGUUACAAUCAACUUACCUUGGAUGCAGGGGACUUAUCUGGGGAGGCGAUCAGAUGGAAUAAGAGUGAGGGACCAGAAAGCCUGCAUAGGAAAGGAGGGAAAGACAGUACAGGGUGUUCCCACAGGGAGUCUGCAGUCCCACAAAGACUUUCUGGGCCAGAGAAUGCAUCCCUGGAAUUGCCCACCUGGGGAGCGGAAGAGGGUUUGAUCCCUGUCCUGCGAUGUCAGCUCCCUCACUCCCUGGCCGUACACGCAUAAGGACCAGGCAGAUUCUCACAGGCAUCCCUCAUUUUCACAUCAGAGGCGCCCUGGGCAGACAGUGAGAAUCAAGUACAGGUGCUGUCGUCUCACCAUCACGAAACCUGCCACAGCAGCAGUGACCAAGGAAAAGACAACCAGUGAAGGCAAGAGCGUCCAGGACAGAAGGCUCACCAGAGGACUUUUCUCCCUGCUGAAGCUUCUCUAUCCAGAAAGAAUCUGAAGACUUGGCUACUGUAGGAUGAGUGGUUUUCAUUUAAAAAGGGAUUUGGAUGAAUGGAAUCCUUCACUGAAAACUGCAGUGUGAGGGCUCAGGAAGGAUGGUGACCCAUCCAGAGGAAACGUCCUAGAGCAAGAGGACAGGGGAGGGUCUGGAAAGGACAAGGGAAAAUGCGUCUUUGCAGUUUUGCCUAAAGCUGGGAUGGAGAUAAGUUAAGUGCCUGACACAGAGGCAACUGAAUACUUUUUGGUAAAUGAAUGGAUGGAUGAAUUAAAUAUUGAAAGCUUCUGACAAUCAAGUAUGCCUGAUUAACAAUGCCUAAGGGAUGCAUAUUAUUGGUUUACAUUUCUAUUUUUAUUAUUUACAUAUAUGUCCUCAGCAGCCUGGAAUGUACAUUGGACUUCCUCUAUCAUGAGAAAGAAGUACAAUCUUUGCAUCAUUUCCAAGAUCUGUGUGUGAAUUUCACACUGUAGGCUAUCUUCACCGUGCAUUUUGAAUGGAAAUGGAGGAAACUGAGUAUGCAUGAGACAGUUCUCUAUUUUAAUGAUUGUAUGAGUCCUAGAUCCAGAUAAAUAAGAUAUUUCUAUAUACCUUGCAUUUAUCAGGUAUUUAAAAUGAAGCUAACAUUCUGCUCCAUGUUUUACCCAGCCUUUCCUGACAUUCUUAACCAUUAAAACAUAUUCUUAGUA